AAGAAUUUCAAUGCCAUAACAUGUGUCUCAUGUAAAACCAUAUUCCGUAGGAAUGCAUCGAAAUAUGAGACUUUUAAGUGUUAUUUCAACAACGAUUGCGUGAUCGAUGUGUUGAGGAGAAAGUUUUGUAAGAAAUGUCGGCUCAAGAAGUGUUUCGAUGUCGGCAUGAAAAGGGAGAAUAUUCUGAAUGAAGACGAGAGAAGAUUGAGACAAAAUAUGAUACAAGAAAACCGAUGGAAAAGACAAAUGAUUUGUGAGGCGCAGAGUGUGGCCAUCGAUUCGACCACAACUGAUAACUCGAGCAGUUUUGAUGAUAAACUGCAGAUUAGUACCAAGCUUACUAACAACUAUAAUAUUGACAACAACUCCCCGCCAUAUGAAACACCGGAAUAUAACUAUAAGCUAAAAGCUAUUGAAUACCAAUAUUUAGUCUCGCAGUCCAUCGAUCCGUUCACUAUUAAAAGCAAUAAUAAUUACUUUAAUGACAUUGAAAUGACACGAUUGACAGAACUGUUUGAUGCCAUUAAUAGGAGCAAGUUGACCAAGGUUACAUCUGAUUAUCAAGUAGAUAUCGUCAAUAAUUUGCGUAAAGAGAUCACUGGAGAUGCUUUGGGCCGAAGACUAUUAGCCAUAUAUUUGGAGCAAAUAGUCCACAAGAAUGUGAAGAUGUCUAAACACAUCGAGGCAUUUGGCAGUCUGUGUGCCACCGAUCAGAUCUCACUCAUAAAGUAUGGAUCCAUUGAGAUAUGUCUAUUGCGGGCACUUUUGUACUUCAAUUUUGAGUUUGAAUUUCUGAUGACAGCAAUUAUCCUUUUUAAUCCUAAUCGUCCCCAUCUAAUCUAUAUGGAAACCAUUACUUUCCAGCAACACGUUUACAUACAUUUAUUACACAAAUAUCUGAAGUUUAAAUACCGAUCGGAAUACGAGUCUAGCGCUAGAUUUACUCAUAUUUUAAAUUGUAUUAAAAGUUUGCAUUUAAUGAAUGAUACGAUUGCUAAAAAUAUUUUAAAUACCGAUCCUAACAGUCGUAUGCCUUUAAUGAAUGAGAUUUGUUAUAGAAGUCAG